UGACCAUUCUCCUCUGAGCUUUGACAUCAACACAAUAGUUUCAGUCAGAGAACUGCUGGUCACUGAAUAUUUUCUCUUUAGUUGACCAUUCUUUGUAAACCCUAGAGAUGGCUGUUUGGGAAAUCACAGUAGAUGAGUAGUUUUUAUUGAGACCAGUAUGUCUGGCCCCAACAAUCUUACCAGGUUUGAAGUCACUUAAAUCGCCUUUCUUCCUCAUGAUGUGUACAUGCUUAAAUGCAAGCUGUGGCGACAUGAUUGGCUAAUUGCGUUUUAUGAUUAUUACUUUUACAGUGCAAUCACCACACAGUUAUACUUUUGGGGUCUUAUUGUCAGUAACAGGAAUGCAAUAAAUAUUCUGAGAACGCACACACACUUAUCUACAUAAAUAAAACACAGACUCAUUCCAUAUCAGCUGACCAAAUUUUAAAAAAAAUUCCCAGCCUCACCAUCUCUGAUUUGGCUUAAAACAUUCCAGGAUAAUGAUACACUUCUUAUUAAUAGAAAAACUGCCCAAUUUUAGCUCUCUAACGUUAUUAAUUUGUUCACUAAAUGCAAAAACAAAACUACAUAACUGCAUAAAUUUAACAUCAAAUCCAUGUAAUUACAAAGAUAUUAGAACUUUAAAAAAGAAAAAAAACCCAUUCAUAUCGCACUCGAAGAAGACGCUGAUCGUGAACGCGCUCCGCUGCCCCUGUUCUCCGCGCAUGCUCUCUUUAAUCGCACCGUCAGGAAAAGUUUGCAAACACAAUGGCUGAGGAGCAAGCUCAGACAUCAAACGAAGAGCCCGUUCCUCUGUUCCUCAUAACAUCAAACACGGCACAGCAGAAUAAGAGAAAAAAGCUCGCAGACAAAGAGCGCGUUGAGGAGGGAGUGUCAGAUGAAGCCAGGAUAAACAUCGGAGCCGCUUUUCAGAGGUGGAGGGAGAUACGGGAACUGAAAGGGUUCAAAACUGAUGCAGAGUUCGCGACAUUUCUGCUGGACAGAGAUGCUGACUUUGAAAAGGAAGAGCUGAGUUUCAGUGAAGCAGAAAAACCUUCUGCUCAGGUUUCAAUGUCAAGUGUUGACCGUGCAGAGAACUGGGUGUGUUCUCCGGGCGAGGACAAAGAUGUUUCAACAUCAGAGGAUGAGGAUGGCGUCAGUGACAAUAAGGAUGAGGACUACAUCCCUCCAGUAUACAUUCACAGUGGCAGUGCCAGUAAAACUAACAUGCACUCGGAUGCUCCAGAGUCUAUCAGCAAAGGGGACGCUUCACAUGAAACUGCAGAGCCAAUGGAGCAGCUGCCAGGGGGCAUGGAAAAAACGAAAGUCCAGAGAAACAGGCCUCAUCAUCAGCUUGGAAACCAGGAAAGGAAUGCUGCCAACAAACACCUUCAAUGGAAAACAGAGGAAGGCCACGGAGCUGAAACACGGGAGCAAGAUCAUGAAGCAGCACCUACAGGUAUUUAUUUUUGUUCAGGAGAAUUUUUAGGUGCGAGUUCAGAAUCCACCAGUGAGCACACCGGCCUCGCUUACAAGACCGAAGAGAUAAAACCGCCGCAGGCGCUUCGCAGACCGAAGAAGAUCUACAAGUGUCAGACCUGUAGUAGAGUGUUCCCUCGGUACAAUGCACUGCAGCGCCACCUUGUGAUUCACUCGGGAAAAAGACCUUUCAAAUGCUUUAUAUGUGGGAGAGGAUUCACCCAGAGUGGAAACCUCAAAACACACAUGAAAGUUCACAGAGGUGAGCUUCCAAAGUGGACCUUAGUUCAAAAGAAGAGCGAGCCUAAAGAAUCGCCUGCUACAGUUCACGUGUGUGGGGAGUGUGGAAUGGACUUCCCUGAGAAACAUCAGCUAGAGGAACACCGUGAGACUCACAAGAAACCCUACGCAUGUCCCGACUGCGGCAAGAGAUUCAAACAGGAAAAUGGCGUUAAAAUCCACAUGCGGCUCCACUCAGGAGAUUCCCUUUUCUUCUGUUCCGCCUGUGGGAAACACUGCACUACGGCUAAAAUGCUUAAAAUACAUAUGCUCACUCACACCGGAGAAAAGAAUUACCAUUGCGAUCAGUGUGGGAGGGCGUUUUCACGCUCUUCCUAUCUAAAGUUGCACCUCAGAACUCACACUGGAGAGCGACCUCACCUGUGCUCGAUCUGUGGUAAACGUUACUCCAGAGCAGAUACUCUUAAAGCCCACCUGAGAGUUCACACUGGAGAGAACCCGUACACGUGUAAGAUGUGCGGGAAGUGUUUCUAUUAUUAUCAGGGUUAUCAAGCACAUGUGAAGACUCAUAACAAGAAGCCCAAAAAAGCUACAAGACCUCUGGGGAGACCAAAACAACAGCUGAUAGUGGUAAAUAAUCAAUAAUGGGAUUUUAGAAAAAUAAGAAAAUAUUAAAUUAUUUUUGUUAUAUAAUAUACCUUUAACUCUCUACAGAGAAAUUUCUGAAGUGGUUGGAGAAGCAGUGUAAAUGUAAUGUGUUUUUUAAGCACAGUUGCUGUUAUGUGACUAGAACUGUGAAGACAAUAAAUCCUAAUAAUUGUU